AACUAGCUCUUACAGUUUCUGUCCAGUGAAUAGCUAGCAAACAUACUAGUUCGUUCCGGAAAGACAACUUAUUUUUGAAAAAUAAAAGAAAUAAAAACACAGAUCUAUAAAAAAAGAAAUACAGAAUGGUUUCUAAAGUUGAAGAAGAUAACGAUGUGGUGGAGGUGAAAAACGAAAAUACUGUUACUGUCAGCGAUGAGGAUGAUGAAAUUUGCGAAGUGGAACAUUUGAGAAAACUUUUUAUUGGAGGUCUUGCUGCGGAGACGACAGAUGAAAAUCUACGUAAAUUCUACAGUAAAUGGGGUAAAGUAGUAGAUUCCGUUGUUAUGAGAGACCCGGUAACCAAACGCAGUAGGGGUUUUGGUUUUGUAACAUUCACCAAAAUAGCUAUGGUCGAUAAGGCUCAAGCAAGUAGGCCUCAUAUUAUUGAUGGCAAAAAAGUGGAAUCCAAACGUGCAUUACCUAGAACGGAACAAUCGGCUAAGGAUAAUAAGAAAAAUCACACAGUGAAGAAAUUGUUUAUUGGUGGCUUAAAAGAUGACCACGAUGAACAAUGCCUUAAGGACUAUUUCUCUCAAUAUGGGAAUGUUAUAUCCGUGGAGUUUCUAAUUGACAAUACCACUGGAAAACGUAGAGGUUUUGCCCUGGUAGAAUAUGACGACUAUGAUGCUGUUGACAAGGCCAUAUUACAAACGACUCAUGUGGUUAAAAAUGUUUUAAUCGAUGUCAAGAAAUCUGUUUACACAAAAGAUGAGCCAAAGAAAAAGAUUGGGGAAAAGGAAAAUAACAGAAAUCCAGAAAAACCAUUGGGUAAUAGAGUAGAUAUGAAGAUGGGCAGCAAUAACAAUAAUAACAACAAUAUAAGACCGCCACCACCAAACCAAUAUGCACCUCCAAGAGGAUAUCCGCCAAUGAAUCGUCCACCGGUACCAGCGCCACCACCACAAUACCAACAAAUGCCUCCAUAUCAGCAAGUUCCUCCACCAAGCUACAAUCAGUGGGGUCCACCGCCUCCACAUCCACAAGUUGGACAACAGGCUCCACCGCCGCCACUACCACCAAAUAACACAUAUGGUCCUCCUACUGGACCACCACCAUUACCACACAACCAACAAUACCCCCAAUCGAUGCCUCCUCAAAACUAUGGAAAUUAUGCACAGCCCCCGGUACCUCCCCCAGUUCCACCAAUGGGAGCUCAACCGCCCAAUUGGAAUAAUUAUCCUCCACCUUCAGCUGGGGUAGGUAAUAAUUGGAACAAUGGUCCUCCACCACAUGCACCAUUGCCUAAUGGACCGCCACCACCACCAACAUCUAAUUGGCAAAAUAAUCAGUGGUCAGGUGCACCGCCACCCGUAACGGCAGCUCCAGUACAAAGGCCACCCGUUGCUCAACCACCACCGCCAAAUAAUUGGCAACAGCCACCACCUAUGCAUAAUAAUUGUCCACCACCAUUACCGCCACAUCAGCAACAUCCUCAAGCCAACAAUAUCUACCCGCAACAGCAGCCGCCAGCUCCGCCACCAGCGGCAAAUAAUUUCGGUAGUGGCUAUCAACAGAAUUACGGCGGUGGACCGACAAAACAUCAAAACGUGUAUUCAAAUCGCAUGAACCCCUACAAUGUCCAACAUAACAAUCAAUACAAUAAUGCGCCACCGCAAGGCUAUCCCCCAAAUUCGAUGGUAAAUGGCAAUAAAUAUCGUCGCUAGAUGUGAAUUUUCAAAAAUCUUAAAAAGGCAAUUAAACAUCCGAGAAAAUUAAAAUCACCUACUAUAGACGCAAGAUAUCUUAACGUAUAUGUUACAUGCUACCGAUGAAGGAAACAUAGUUAUAUGUAUGGAAUAACACUAGAAUAAAUAAAGCAUAUUUUGAAUAAUAAGACAAACUUAUGAAAUAAGAAACAUUUAUUUUAAUUACAUAUAUUUAUGUUUUCCGUAUGUACUUUUUCUUGCCUAUUGUCUCAAAUAUUUUUACAAUUAAUUAUUUUACAUAUAACAUAUUUGCGUUACAAAAUAAAUUUCUAAGAAAUUAAUAAGUUUAAAUUUGUUGUUUAAAAUGUAAUUGACAAUUUGAAUUAUUGCCCUACAUGCCCCAAGAUACUAUCUCAAUUACUGAAAACAUCUUUAACCUGUUGGGAGCUUUAAUAUUCAUUUAUUUUCGUUUAGUUAAGCAGUAAUUAGUCAAUAGUUUAUAUAUAAGUCUUCUUUGUUGACAAAGAUUUAGAACUAAAAAUAAUUUCCUAGGGGAGGAUGGAUUCCUUAUUCUUCAAAAUCAAUUAGUUUUAUGCAUAUGUAACAACAGUUUGUGUUAAUUUUAUUAUUUAUAAAAUAAACAUACCUUACUUACAUAAGUUUUGGAAUAUUUAUGGGGAUUUAAUUAUUAUAAACUGUAAUUUAUCUUCUAAAGAAGUUUCUUAUAUAAAUUAUCGGAAUAUAUGGAAUAUUUGGGGAAUUUAUGUACUAGAAGCAGUAAUUCUUUAAUAUGAGAAUUAUCAAAAUAAUAUUAAAAAGAUAAAGAAAACACUUAAUAAUAAGUGAUAUUAAUGAUAAACAGUAAAUUACUAUUGUAAUAAUAGCAACAAAAGCUAAUGUUAUAAAUUGCUUAUGCUUGGUAAAUUUACAAAACAUUAUUUGAUUUCAGGCGCUUUUUUUUAGCAUCAAUGUCAUAUUUUCCCUCACUUAAUAUAAAUCAAAUACCAUAUUUUAUAGUAUAUAUAUGUAGUAUACAGGGUGAGAUAAAAAAACUGCAACAAAGUCAAAAGCCAUAAUUUUUACAUAAUUUUUUUUAAAUUUUAUUGAAUGAAAAUGUCGGAAAUGGCAUCAAAUUUAGAAUAAAUUAGAUUUGUUCGAAUUGACCACCUUUGGCACGAAUUAUGGCCUUUAAACGGCCAAUGAAACCGUCACACGCUGCCCGAAUGUUCGGCCCAUUCCCGGCGAAGCGCUUGCUUAAGGUGAUCGACACUUUGGUAUUUUUUUAGUUACAACUUUGCUUUCCAAAAAACCCCAGACACAUUAGUCCAACGGAUUGUAUCGGGAGAUUUUGAUGGUCAUGGAAAUGAAGGAAAGAACCUCAUUAUGUAACCAUUCUUGGGUGGCGCGUGUGGGGUGCGAUGGUGCUGAGUCCUGUUCAAAUGUCCAAGGUCUGCGGUAAAAAUGUUUGUGUGCCCAAGGCUUCAAAGCACCCUCCAGAAUAUUUACGCGAUAAUAUUCGGCAUUUAUUCUGUUAUUUUGGCCCACACCAUGGUCGGUGCUUGAAUUCCGAAGGUGCAUAUUUUCAGCUGACCUCUUUGGCAAGUAAACACGAUCAUUUUGUUUGUUUACAAACUGCUGGACAACAAAUGGAUUCUCAUCGGAAAAAACCAAAUUCGGCAGUUCACCACUUUCGGCUAAGCGAAGCAACUCUUUAGCUCUUUUGAGUCUAUUUUCUUUCUGUUGCGGUGUAAGUUCUUGCACUUUUUGGAAUUUCAAUGGCAUUACCUCGAGCUCAUUUUUCAAUAUUUGCCGAAUGGAAUAUUGCUUCUGCGACGCGUGUUUCGAUCAAGUCGCUUCUUUAUUUUUCGAACCAUUUCUGGUGAUGUUGCUGUUUUCUUCCGUUCACUUCCUUGACGUCGGGCUACGCUACCAGUAUCAUGGUAACGAGCGAUGGUACGAGACACAAAAGAUUUAUUCACAUUUAAAUGCUGGAGUGGUGCUCUAACGACUUGUGGUUUUCCAGCCAAAUAUAUAAAGAAAUCACAUUAUCACACUUGAAUUCCAUCACGAAUAACUUUUUUUCUGGAAAAUUCUUAUCAAAAUGCUUUGGUACGCUUGUAAACAAUAUAAUGAACUGUCACUGGAAUAAUUUUACAGAUGUCGGACUAGUGGCUUAGAAAUUACAGCAGUUUGAAGUUGGUUGCAGUUUUUUCAUCUCACCCUGUACAUACUUAUAGCAUACUUUCAACUCAGUUGGAUUAUUUUGCAAUGGUUCAAAAUUGUGCAGCCUCUAUGCAAAAAUACCCUUUUACAUCGGCUGAACCAAACUUAGAAAAUAGUUUGCAUUCAUUAACUUUGAAUUAAAACAUAAAUGUUUCGAAUAUGAAGUUUAAAUUUUAUUAAAAAAAUUAACACCUAUACCUACACAAUUUAAAAAUUCAUAAUGCAAAAAGGAAACCUUAUUGAAUCAGAAAUCUUGUCAAUUAUUACUUGCCCAUUCAAUAUAAAAUAUCAAAAUAAGUUAGAUGUCAAUUAAAUAUAAUAUUUUCAAUUAACCCAAACCUAUUUCUGUUAUUAUAAGCUACAUACAAUAUACCAUGAAUUUAUAAUAAUUUAAAUUUUUAUUUUAUAACAAAAUGCAAUAAUAAAUAAAUAUUUAGUAUAUAACAAA